UGUAAUUAUUUAGCUCGUUAAGUCGUCUAACAAUUGUGCUCUAAUUGAAAAUGAUUUUAAAGACAUUUAUAUUUAUUUUCACGUGUCUUUUUACGGUAACGCAAUCAGCAAAAAUACUAGGAGUAUUUCCGAUUCCAUCCAUUAGCCACCAAGUGGUAUUUCGCAAGCUUACUCAAGAACUAGUUAAAAGAGGACAUGAAGUGACAGUAAUAACAACAGAUCCAGCUUACCCUAAAGGAAAAGCUCCUGCUAAUUUGACAGAAAUCGAUACUCACGAUGUAUCUUAUGCAAUUUGGCAUAAGGCGUUUCAAGCCAACUUUAAGGUAGAACAGAAAUCAAUCCCAAAAUUUACAGAAUUCAGACAAGGAUCUAAAUUCUUCUCAUACAUAUUUCUGGGACAGCUUAGUUCGCCGGACCUUCAAGAGUUGAUAUCGAAUAAGAAUAAUAAGUUUGAUAUCAUUUUAGUUGAAGCUGUUGUUCGUCCCGCGCUUAUUUAUUCAUAUAUAUUUAAAGCACCAAUUGCUUUAGUGAGUUCUUUUGGUGCUAUAUUUAAUAACCAUGACGUAAUGGGCUCACCAACACAUCCAAUAUUGUAUCCAUCUACUUUACAACAAAAAAUUUAUAACCUUACUCUCUGGGAAAAAUUAUAUAAUCUGUACAUACACUUUUCAUUUGAAUACGCAAACUAUUUGGGUGAAAUAGAUGAACAUGAAAUUUUGAAACAGAAUUUUGGCCCAGAUGUGCCAACUUUAAGGGAAUUAUAUGAUAAUAUUCAUAUGUUAUUUUUAAAUAUCCAUCCCAUUUGGGCAGACAAUCAGCCUGUGCCACCUGGUGUUGUGUAUAUGGGUGGAAUUCAUCAGUUACCUGAAAAGGAAUUACCAGAGGAUCUCAAAACUUAUUUGGAUUCAUCCGAACAAGGUGUUAUAUACGUCAGUUUUGGUACAAAUGUGUUGUCAGGCAUGAUGCCCGAAGAAAAGGUUAAAGUAAUAGCAAAUGUGCUUUCCAAGUUACCUUAUAAUAUUUUAUGGAAAUGGGACAAAGAUGAGCUGCCAAUCAAGACAAAAAACAUCAGAAUAUCUAAAUGGUUCCCACAGCCUGAUCUAUUAAGACAUCCUAAAAUAAAACUGUUUGUAACGCAAGCUGGACUUCAAUCCACUGAUGAGGCUAUAACUGCUGGAGUUCCUCUCGUUGCUAUACCGAUGUUAGGAGAUCAAUGGUAUAACGCAGAGAAGUAUGUAAAACAUGGAAUCGGUAUGAAUCUUGAAAUUGGAACCUUAACUGAAGAUAAAUUUAAAAACGCCAUUGAGACCGUUAUAAAUGAUGAAAGUUAUCGUCAAAACAUUAUCAAGCUUCGUGAACUAAUGCGUGAUCAACCAGAAGCGCCAUUACAACGAUCUGUAUGGUGGAUCGAAUAUGCAAUAAGACACGGUGGAGCGAAACAUCUUCGAGCAUCAUCGGCUAAUAUUUCAUACGCUCAGUAUUUCGAAUUAGAAUUAGUAUUAAUUGUGCUAUCAGUAGUAUUUAUUGUUUUUAUUGUAUUAAUUGUAGUUACUGUGUUUAUAUUAAGAAUCAUUUCAAAAUUAUUAUGCGCAAAAAAUAAAGUAAAAACUAACUAAACUAAUCUAUUGAUAUGCGUAAUGAUUGAAUGUAAAUUGCGUGAUCCUAAAAUGUUCGAUAUCGGAAACAAUUCUUGUUGAUAAAAAAUUUAAUGUCCGUUAUCAUUCGUUUUUAA